UUUGCCUCUCCUCAUGUCUCACAAAUUUUGAGAAAAAGUAUUUGGUAAUUCAAUUCAUUCUUAAUCUAUGCUGGACAUGCUGGACUCUAUCAUAGGAUAGAUUCCACAAUGUUGUUCUGCCCAUAUAGUCAGAAACAUUUCCCUAGUAACAAAGUAACAAAAAGUAACAAAAACAGCCCCACAUUUCCAAGAACCUGCACCUGAUGUGUUCUGUAAGGAUAUAGUACCCAUUUUAACCCCCAAAAACACCUUUCUUUCAAUAAUACUCUGCAAUUGUGAUUUGGGCAGUGCCCAUCGACUCCUCCCCCUGGGGUGAAAUGUUGUAUAAAUGCAGCAUCAGCCCUGGAAAUUGCAUUUGCCUGAGAACUUAGCAGUGCCAAAACAUGAAGGGAUUGGGCCUGGUUGUCCUUGUACUUCUCCUGAUGCUCUCAGCUGUUGAGGCUGAUGAUGCAGAGAUGCAAUAUUGGACGUGUGGUUAUAGAGGACUCUGCAGACGGUUCUGUUAUGCCCAAGAAUAUAUUGUUGGACACCAUGGUUGUCCUCGCAGAUACAGGUGCUGUGCUGUGCGGUUUUAGCAGUGACUGACAGUCUCAUACCUGCAGCAGGACAUCACAGGCUGAGGACUGGUCUGCCUUUUUGACAUGGCUUGGAUUGAAAGGGGUACACUGCUCUUGCAUAGAAAUAGAUGAUCAUGGUGGCACCUAUGGAACUAAUCUUGGAGACUCCUUUGGAUAAAGCCUACUGUGAACAAAUUGCAAGCCUUAUGGUAAACGACAAUGACAAUGUUUGUGGAAAUUUCAGAUGAUGUCAAGAUCAAUUGACAGUAUUUUGGAACCUGAAUAUGUGUAUCUGAAAGCAUGUAGUUGUGACUGCUUUCAUUACAGUACAUGGAACAUGAUACAUGGUAAUGCAACUAAAAUAGAGUUAAUUUGAAAAGCAACACUCAAAGUACUGAAAUCCUCUCUAAAAUACUGUCCGCUCAAUCUUAUAGUCCACAGUGAAAUUAUUUCCAUAGCUAUUAUUAAUGCAUUUUCAAACAGUGGAUAUGCGCUUUGGAAAUGAGUGGUUGACUGACAAUAAAGGCAUAAUAAUACUU